AGUUUGGGGUUGGUCCCAGCCGCCCGCUGGAACAGAGUGGCCUCGGACGCUGCAGGUGGCAAUCACCCAGACCCUAGGCCUGCAGGUGGAGGAGGACAGACAGAGCAGGAACGGGGACCCGGCCUCUGCAGCUCAACCCCCGCGUCGGUUCCUGGUUCACCCGAGAACAGAGAACAGCCGGCCCAGCGUGUCUCCCGGCAUGAGGAACACGAGCAAGGAGCUGCACGGCGCCACGAGCCGCUAUGCUCCCUGCGAUUGGUAUUACCACCUUCCUGUGAAGCGGUCUGAGAAAGCUAUGGAUGCCCCGCCAGUGUCCCAGAUCCCAGGCCUCAGUGACCUGAGGGAAGCCCCCAAUGGGCACACGCUCAGGGAACGAAGGUACUGGGUGAAGGAAACGGACUCAGAGUACGUGAAGCUAGCGAAGCAAGGCGGCCAGCCCGAUCUGUUGAAGCACUUUGCCCCCGGCACCACGAAGGGCUCCCCCGUGGCCUACUCCUUGCCAGACUGGUACGUCCACCACAGCCAGCCGCCGACGGCCGACCGGAGGCACGUCCCCGCUGUGUCCAUACCGGAUUACAUGGUUUAUGAAGGGUCUAACCCCGAUCACGCCAGUGGCAACUACGAGUCCAGAAGGGGGCCCUUCGACUUUGACAUGAAGUCCGUUUGGCAAAGAGAGGCCGAGGAACUGGAAAAGGAGAAAAAAAAGGUGAGGCUACCAGCCAUCAAGUCCAAGUAUCCGAGCAAAGCCGGGACCCCGCUUGGCCCCAAAGACCCUGCAGGAAGCAAACUGUCCUUUCCCCCCAUGCCUGGUCAAAAAACCAGUUCACCCACAAACUUUUCCAAACUUAUUAGCAAUGGAUAUAAGGCUGAGUGGUUACAGCAGCGAGCAGACCCAGACAAGAGGACCCCGCAGACAUCCAGGGCCUCUGCUUCGUCUCCAUCCCAGUCUCCGCGGGGCGCCUUGCUGCCCCCAGACCCAGAGGCUCCGGAAGACGCCAAGGAAGGCCCAGAGUCUUCUUCUCCAAGUCCAGUAGCACCUCCAUCCGCCUCAGCGCCCGCGGAGCGCAGAUAAACCCCGCUGUGAUGUGCAGCUAGGACCUAUGUAACAGCUAUAGUUACAAGGCUCCUGUUACAGUUUAUUAACAUAGACUCUCACGAAAUGAUCCAUCUUAGAACAGAUUUGACGUCGCUGCUGCGUAGAUGGGUCCAGUGUUGGGUUUUGUUUCUUGCAUCCCUCUGGGACGCCAGGCGCGUGGCCUUUGCGCCGCUGCGCCUCGCUGGCCUGGGAAGUCCCAGGGUCUCGGAACCGGCCGCUUCCUUCCCACCCUCGGCCGACGUCACCACCUGCCGUGUGAGCCUCUACUGGCACCACUUCUGUUGAAAUCGACGGUUUAGACUCUUGACUGGAAAUGAC